ACGAAGUGCGGAGUUCACCAGCUUCAUCGAAAAAGGAUAUCCUGUCCUAUCCUACCAGCUUCACCACGUACGGUACGUGCCCGUAGAUCACAAGGAUCUGCAUCUACACCUACAACGUACGCGGGCGGGAAAUCACUCGAGAUCCGUGUGAACCAGCUAAGUGUUUCACAAAGUGAGCCUGCCUAAGAGAAAUCCGAGGCGGCAAUUUAAAGCAGCACCCAAGGCAACACCGAUAUGGAAUUCGAAGACAAUGAUUUCUCUCCGCCGUACAGAGGCAAGGCUAAAGAAAAUCUCGUUGAUGCCCACCUGCUUCCAAGCGCACAGGAUGGUGCCUUCAUCGUGUCUCUCAACUCUGAAGCUUCAAUCGCCGGGAAAGAUCUGAUGCUCAAGGACCGUGGAUUGUAUGGAGCUCCGCUAGAUCAUCCAGCAUCGAAAGCGGACGUGCCAUUACUGAGGAGACGGCCGUCUGAAACUGUUGCUAGGGCACAAUCCGAAAUACCGAGACGCCAUUCACUAGUCGUCCCGUUGGCUCGUCAAACUUCAGUGUCGCCGACCGUCGGUUACAGGUCCCUGGCUCGCCAGAUUUCACCAGUAAGGCUGAACCAACCGAAAGCGGCAUGCAAAUUGAAGCCUUCCUACUCAAGUUCCCAACCGCGUUCUCCAGCCGCAGAGCAAGUAUAUUUCAGUUCGCAGUGCCAGGAGACUCAGUUAUUCGGAAUGGGGUCCCCAGUUCCAUUCCUUGAUAACCCGUCGACCGCGGGAUUCCAGAGUCACCUGCCCGCGUCACUGCUUAGAGGUGCGGACCUGCCCAACAACGCUCGCCAACCACAGCUAGCUCAAGCGACUUCACCAGCAGUAAUAAGGAAGACGCAAUGCGGAAGCGCAGCGACGUUUUCCGCAACGACCGCGAAGGACAAUGAGCUGAAGUCCGUGACUGAGCAUUUCGACGAGCGUGCUGUGCCGAUACUGGAAUCACGUGGCACGCUCAGGCCGCGGUCAUGGGACCCACCGCGCGAAUCUCCUCGACCACCGCUGGCAGAGACAACAGAAGCCGCCACAGACGCGUCGUCGGUAGAGAGAUCGGAAUUUGUUCGCCCCACCGCAGCACAAGCUGCCGAGCGGCUUCCCGAACAGGAUAACCCCCUCCAGACGUCCUCGCCGGGCGAGGCCCGUGCCGAAGGCCCGCACGCGCCAGCCCGCGUCCCGUGGGCUACGUUGGCCGUAGUGUGCAUGCAGGCGCGAGCUCACUGGAACUACCUGCACAAGCACUAUCCCGAACGCUGCGCGAGCGUCUCAACCAUAUUGUUCGACGACCAGUGGGAGCGGGUGAUAUUCGCGGCGUUCCACCAUGCCGACGUCACUCACCUGGUUUGCGGCAUCUUCUUCUUCUUCUUCAAGGGCCUCGUGCUGGAAGCCGCGCUUAGUUUGGUGCACUUUGUCGCGCUCCUUGUCGUUCUCGUCGUUUCGGUGGGACUCGUCAACACCUUCUACGCCCUGAUCUCCUGCGAGCUGACCGGCGAGCCCCACAUUUGCACGAUGUGCAUGCAUACGUUCGCCGGCGUCAUUGUGGCUCUAGACAUGAUUAUCCGGAGGUACCUCAGCGACUCGACCAUCUACUACGGGGACCGCGAGUUCGGGAUGAGGCCGCUCGUGUGUUCCAUGUUCGAACUUCUCGUCCUCUGCUCGUGUUCUGACAAGAACGCGAUGCCGAUAUUCAGUGGAUAUUUGACGGGAGCGUUCUUGUGUGGAACAACGCUGGGAAGCAGUAUAGUCAGGAUUCCUAACCCGCGGAAGAAUAUCUACCUCUGCGUCGUUCCAAACGUGCCAGUCACGUAUUGCUUCGUCACAGCUGUCAGCUUCGCCUUUUUGUGCGGGCCGUACACUGACACUUGCACCGCGGAUGACUCAGCAUUGACUUUUAGGUACCCCAUCUGGAAACCGCCCAUUCUCUCGGCGCUGUACCUGGACGACAUGUACCAGGUAGCCUACGUCAGCCUAUCCCUUUUGGCGGUGGGCCAGGACCUCGAACGCGACCUUGGUCACUUCAGCUUCUUGUGCGUGGCUUCUGGGUUGCUGUUCGUCGGGCAACUGCUCCCAGACGGCCUCUCUUGGAUCGUCUGGAGAUACGCGGUCGGCUUCCGAGAUGGUGUCCCUGCUCCGGUGCCGUCUUCAUCGGGCUCCUCCAGCUGCAGCCUGGUCGGCACCCUGAUGGCCCUGAAGACCAUCCGCCACCAGAGGCGUCGAGACCCUCGCGGCUACCAGGUGGCGUCGUUCACCAUCCCGGUGCCCUUCUGGGUGGGCGUCCUGCUGGAGCUGGCACACCUACGUUUCUUCAUACCGGGCUCCUCCACAGCCAGCCACGUCUUGGGAGUGCUCGCCGGCCUGAUUGUAGCUCACUGCCGCGAAGGCUGCGGCAUCAUGGGCCGCAGCACCCGCGGGGCGAGGCGGUGCCCUCAGACCCAUAGCAUUGUUUCGGACGAAGACGAACAGGCGCCGGCUAACCUGUGGUGUCAGAUCUGCGCUGCUCGUACCGCCUCGCCGACAGCCUACCGCGUGCCCGAGCCAACCGUGCACCGAGAUCCCGAGGUCCUCGCGGAAGACGACACUCUCUUCCAGGACUAAGAGCAGCCACGCCGACUCGCCGGUACCGCCGUCGUUCACGUCUGAUCGACGUGUGUGGCUUUGUAGAGGCGUCACGGGUGUAAAGUGCGCAGGAAGGCCGCCGCGCCUGGACGCGAACAUGCCCGAUUACUUAUCUACUAUAGUGUUUUUUUUUCAGGGACGGAUCGCACCUGUAAGGGCGUGCACGGUGUUUCUGUUUGUCUGAACAAGCUAGAAAUGUAUAUGCCGAGCACAUUAAAUUCUACUCGCUUCUUACUUAA